CAGCAGCGCCAACUGCCGGUGCGUCGAGAACAGCUUCUACAGAAGCAAUAUAUUGAACAGCAGCGCCAACAGCCGUUUCGCCAAGCUGUGGGGAUAAAAGAAAAUUUGUCUCAACGACAGCCGCGUCCAGUCGCCGCCUCGCCAGAUCAGAUCUGGAACGAGAACAACUUUGGAGGACGAGGCUCUCGGAGAAAUAGGUCAAGGCCAAAACACAGAAGCCAAAGUUUAAGCAGAUUAGAGUCUAGUAAAAGAGCCCCUAACAAAUACAUAAGGUGGGUUACUGUGCUUGUCUCGUGAGUGUGGUUUGUGUGUUACGUGGGAGAUAAGCAGUGGCGUAGCUAGGGUUGGUGUCACCCGUUGCGGUAAAAUCAUGGUGUCAACUCGUCCCCCAAAACUCCCACGAUUGAUUUCUUCUUCUUAAAAUAAGUCCGCAGUAUAACAAUGACCAAGACAAAAACAAAUUAAUGGAAGGUCAGGGGGGUGAAUGUAUUUAAUAACUUUAUCAACGGCUAAGCUAUAUAAAUAUGUUUACAUUAAAUUUACUUUACUUAAAAAUAUUCCCAUGCUGGUAGUAAAAGCUGUAAACCUGUCAAUCGCUUGAUCAAUAUCAUUCACCUUAUCACUUUCAAUUGAUAGUAGAGCCAGAUCAGAAAGCCAUGGUGGAUCGCAAAUAGUUCUUGAUAAGCCUUAGUCUUGAAAGUCUACGCUCACCUGAAGCCAAAGACACACAGAUGGUAAGAAACAAUUGAACGCUUACGGUAGCUAGAGUAUUGGAAGGAAUUAUGGAAGGCUCUGCACCUGACUAUAUAAAAGAACUGAUUUCCAAACACGUAUCCUUAAAGAACUAGCGCUCUUCAACAAAGUCCCUACUGAGAGUUCCCAGUGUGGAUGGACACAGAAAGAAGUCAUACGGAGUACGCUCUUCAACAAAGUCCUUACUUAGAGAUACCAGUGUGGAUGGACAGAGAAAGAAGUCAUUCGGAGUGCGCUCUUCAACACAGUCCCUGCUGAGAGUUCCCAGUGUGGAUGGACACAGAAAAGAAGUUAUUCGGAGUGCGCUCUUCAACACAGUCCCUACUGAGAGUUCUUAGUGUGGAUGGACACAGAAAGAAGUCAUUCGGAGUGCGCUCUUCAACACAGUCCCGACUGAGAGUUCCCAGUGUGGAUGGACACAGAAAGAAGUCAUUCGGAGUGCGCUCUUCAACACAGACCUUACUGAGAGUUCCCAGUGUGGAUGGACACAGAAAAGAAGUUAUUCGGAGUGCGCUCUUCAACACAGACCUUACUGAGAGUUCCCAGUGUGGAUGGACACAGAAAGAAGUCAUUCGGAGUGCGCUCUUCAACACAGACCUUACUGAGAGUUCCCAGUGUGGAUGGACACAGAAAGAAGUCAUUCGGAGUGCGCUCUUCAACACAGACCUUACUGAGAGUUCCCAGUGUGGAUGGACACAGAAAGAAGUCAUUCGGAGUGCGCUCUUCAACACAGACCUUACUGAGAGUUCCCAGUGUGGAUGGACACAGAAAGAAGUCAUUCGGAGUGCGCUCUUCAACACAGACCUUACUGAGAGUUGCCUGUGUGGAAGGACACAGAAAGAAGUCGUACGGAGAACCCUCUUUGAAGCUCUAGUGCCUAAAUUAUCUAACAGUUUGCCUCAAUCUUUGAAGGAAACUGAAAAGGAUACAAAAUAAAUUAAGAACCAUUGAAAGAUGUUUUUCUUUAAAUAGAUCUGAUGACGUCAGAGCGCCGUCAGUGUUCUAGACAAGCUUGGCCACAAAAGCGCUAUGGAAUUAAUCUAUCAUCAUCACCAUCAUAUUAGAACCUACUGUUUGCUUGUAUUACAAUCUACUUGUGAAAUUUGAGAAUUCAGUUCAUUAGAGGCUUGGAACAAAUCACUAGGAUGACACCCCCACCCCCCCCUCCAUAUAUAUUUCUCUUAUGUGUUCAGACACUCUCAGGGUCAUGGGAAUUGGGGGGGGGGAGGUGUUCAUCCUAGCAAUUUGUUCCCAUGGCCCCUGAGCGUGUUUGAACACAUAGGAGAAAUAUAUGUUUUGGGGAGGGGGGGGGGAAUUAUUACUGCUAUAACAUUAUAUUCACGUUUAAAGUUAGUAUUCAACUUACAUUUAAAUUAAGCCAACGCAGCAAUGAAAAGUCAUAGCGUACAAGUCAAAGAAAUAAAUGAAUCGUCUGAAAAUACUUGUCCAUCUGUUACGCUAGUGUCCAGCACUGGCGAUGUCCGGAUCAAUUACUCCAAGAGGAGAAGACUAGAGUGGUGAUUUAUGCAGAGUCUGUUAAAGUUCCACUCUGCACACUCAUUUUUUUCCAAAUUUAAAUUAACAACGCAUUGAAAAGGAAAUUGUUUUGUAUUCAACUGUAUAAUUAUUGUUAAACGUGUCGGUAUUAAAGAGCAGAUGUGUAUUUAAUCUUUUGGGUUCUCUGCAAUUAGCCAAUAAAAACUUAUCUGAAUUUUUGGACUUGGUUGUUGUUGUUUUUUUCUUUCAGAAAUGAAGAAAAGACAUUAGACUUACACAAUUACUUUCUUGCGCAGGCCAAGCAAGCUGUCAUAAAGUUCAUCAAAGAAAAUGAGAAAGGUGGGUGCAGAUUGUUUAACGACAAUAUCGGAAAAAGUAUACAAGACGUGUACAAAUAAUGUUUUUUUUUUUAAAAACUGAAAAUCCUUCCUGCAGCAAUAAAAAUUUAACCCCAACGGACUUUUGAUAUUUAAAUGUGAUAUUUAUAAUGGGAUAUUUAUUAUUUGAUAUUUAUUAUGUGGUAAUUAUAACGAGAUAUUUAUUAUGUACUCCACAUGCAUUUACUGGUAUUGGAUUUAGGAUCCUUAGGGAUGGCACUUAUGUUCUGUUAAAUUAUUUUAUUCAAUGAUUAUCACAAAAACUGCGUGCAUUUAUGACAGUUAUGUUUCAAAUAUGUAUAUUUAUAUAUUUUUAAAAAACCUAAAGUUUCUAACUAACAUGUUAUUUUAUUAUUUUUUUUAUUUGUUUGGGUUAAAAUUUAUGCAGCAUUUUAACGCACGCUAACAAUAUUUCCCAUCUCUCUCUCUCUCUCUCUCUCUCUCUCCGCCCCUCUUUCUAAACUCCCCCAAAAAAACAGUUUACCAUAAGAACAAUUACCGUGAAGAAGACCGAUAUGUCUACAUCAUAACAG